AUGUCCGGAAAAAAUCGUCUUCUCGACGAAAACCAAGCGCGCGCUGUCGCUUCCGUACUUACGGAGGAGUUCCAGGUUAUCAUCCGUAGGGACGAUCCACAAUUCUCGGGCUUCCCCACCGUUGGUCCAUGGGUGGCGGACCGCAUAGAUCGCAUCCUCGAAAACGCGCUAUUCCGAACGGCCGACAAAGAUGUAACGAGACGUUAUAGGAGGGCGGUCGAUCGGAAGUUUCGGAACUACUACCAUGGUCUUAGGUUACGCGAAAGCCCUUUCGGUGCGGCGGUCUUGAAGCAACUUAUACCUCGUACUACGGCAUUUCGCCUUUUCGAGAACGCAGUGAAGCAGGAACUUCUCGAGACGGACGAUAAUGGCGAUGAAGAUUAUGAAACGCGCUUGAACACGCGAUGGAGUGCUCUUACUCAGGACGUACGUGCGAAAUACGAGAAAGAGGUAGAGGCAGUCGCCAAGGACGUUGAGCACAAUCGCGAACUUCUCGUCAAUAAUCUUCAGGUUGAACUAGAUGCGCUUUGCCGAAAGGACACACUCGGCGGCAUGGUAGCCGUCACGCUUCUUGGGUACAGAGACCUCAACACCAACGAGAUGAAGAUUUCUAUGUGUGACGGGAGCACGUCGGAUGCGACCCUGAAGUUCGGAAAUAGCGACUCUGAGGAGAAGGCUGCUCUGUCUGCGCUGAUGGAAACCUGGCGCGAGUUUUCGGACAGGACCAUUCCUUGUCUCCCUCUUCGCUCCGAAGCCUCCUCCCUAUCUCAGGGUUACCCUAUUCUCCGCAACAGCCGUAACAUGCCAGUCUUCCCUGAUCUUGACGCCAUGAGCAUAUCCGCCAUCACGCUCGAGGAGAUUCUUUUUCGCUAUUAUAAGGCAGUAUGGGUGUUUUCGCGCACUGGCCAUAGCUCAUGCGAGCUCCCAUGGGACGAUCUGAUAAACAAUGCGGUUGAGUAUUAUGAUAUCGACCGCUACGGCUUUAUCUGCUUCGACAAGAACGAGCUCCGAAAGCCGGGCAGGUUAUAUUCUCUCGUCGCGGAGCUUCAGAAACGGUGUGGGAUCGACUCGCCGGAGCCCUUCACGUUCAAGCCCUCGCCCACGACAGAGUCCGGGCCCUUUGAUCGGCGCCUCCUGUCGCCAUUUGCGCCAGUAGGUCGUAGCUUAGACGACGGUUCUGAUAGACGGACGGACUUCAGCGAUCAUAUGCCCUCAUAUGAGAACCCCAUUUCCGACCCAUCGCUCUCAUCUCAGGCGGUGUCCGUCUCGUUUUGGGGUACUCAAUCAAACACCGCUCCCAUGUCUAUGCACAGUUUGCUGCCGGAGGCGUCAAAAUCAACUACGCCACCUACCGAGGGCGCCGCGCGUUCGGUCUCGCAGACUCACUCUCAGGACGAGGCCUCACAGUCGAAUGAGCCCAUAAUACGGCGGACAAAGAGACGUAACACUCCCGGCAUAGGUUCAAGCUACCAGAGCAAGGCACCACGCGCGAGUCGUUCGAAGAAGAAGGAUUCUGUCCGUGCGCCCACAAAAAUUCAGAAAGCACAGGGUCCAACACCUGCGCAGGGCCAAGCGGGUGUCUUCGCCUCUCAAGGCUAUAGUUUCAAGCUCAGCAAACAACUGCAUCGUUGCUAUAUCCCCUUCGACGUGUACCAAGACGGAGGGGGAUGUAUUCUUGACGCCGACGAGUUUGACGAGAAGGACAGUAUUUGUGUCACGGUGAAUAUUGUUUAUGAUAAGCGCGGUGAUGAACAUGCAGUCUUACCAGUCACCUAG